AUGAGUGACGAUGAAAGAGACGAUUCUAAGAAGGCGAGGGCUAUCCUCAAGCAGAAGACAGCCAGAAUUAGAGAGCUUGAGACCCAGAUGAGGUCUAUGAAGGCAGAAAAUAAUACAUUGUCGGCUGAAUUUAAUGAUAUAAAUCAAAAGAAAGCUGAAAUGGAAGUUCAACUCGGACAAUUACAGGAAGAACUUGCUUCUAAGAAUGAGGAGAUUAAAAAGUUAAUCUCUUCAGCUUCUGGUGGCGCCGAAGUUGACAAAAUCAUUGAAACUUUACAAAAUCGAAUCACAAAACUCGAAGAAGAAAGAAAUUCUGAAAGUGAAAUAUCUUACAAAGCACAAAUUUCCGAACUACAAAAGCAGAUCGAACAAUUAAAAGAAAAUGGAAACGUCGUUGUUGAUACAACAGAGAUAGAUUCAUUGAAAAAACAAAUAGAGCAACUCAACAAAGAAAAUGAAUCUCUCAAAUCAUCAGAUUCUGCUCAACUCCAAGCAGAAAUUGAAAAUUUACGUAAUGAGAUUGUAUCUCUGACUCAACAGAACGACGAAAUCCCUAAACUCAAGAAGUUAAUUGCAGAAUUACGCCAAGAAAACGAUCAAUUAAACGACGAAUUAUGGAAUGAUCAAAAAGGCGAAGAUAAUAGCGAAGAAUUAGAAGCAAAAGAUCGAGAAAUCGAAGAACUCAAGAAACAGCUCAAAUCUGUUAACACAACUGAAAUACAAAAGCUUAAAAAACAAAUCCAACAAUUACAGCAAGAACUCGAGUCAAAAGACAACGACGAUGAUGGCUGGAACAACAAUGAGCAACUCGAAGAACUACAAACCAAGUUAGCUGCAUCAGAAAAACAAAUAAUAACUUUACAAAAAGAAAAUGAACAGUUAAGGGCCAACCAGAAAGAAGAAGAUGACGGUUGGGGUGACCUUGAAUCAGAAAAACCUGACAAUUCUGAACUCCAAGAAAAAAUCACUUCACUUACGAAAGAAAAUGAGAGAUUAAAGGGUUUUGAAGCGAAUGUGAAGCAAAUGCAGGCUACAAUAGAGAACCUAAACAAGAAACAAGACGAAGCCAUCAAGAAUCUUCAGAAAGAAAAUGAAAAUUUGAAAAAUGAAAUCAAAAUUUUGGAAGAAAAUCAAAAAUCAGGUGAAAAUGAUGGAUGGGGAGAUGACGAAGAUGAAAAUACAGAGCUUAAGAACCAGAUUGAUCAAUUAAAGAAAGAAAAUGACAACUUAAAGAAACAAAUUCAAAAUUUACAAACAGAAAACCAGGAAUUGAAAGAAAAUCAAAAGGAAGAUGAUGGAUGGGGCGAUGAUAAUAACACAGAAGAGCUUUAUAAAGAAAUAGAAUCACUCAAAAAAGAAAAUCAGAAAUUAAUAUCAGAAAACAAGGAACUUAAAGCAAACCAGAAAGAAGAAACUGAAGGAUGGGGCGAAGAUGAAACAGAGGAGUUGAAAUCAGAGAUAGAAUCCCUUAAAAACGAAAAUAAGAAAUUAUUAUCCGAAAAUAAAUCAUUGAAAGACAGUAUAACCAAAUUAAACGAAUCCAAUAAGGCAGAUUCACAAGCUGAUUUAGAUAAAAUCAAGAAAGAAAACGAAGAUUUGCAACAAAAACUUGAUGAGACAGAACAAAAGCUUAUAGAGUAUGAAUUCCAACUUGGUGACCUUCAAUCAGAAGCUAGUCAAGCCAAGAACCUCCAAAAACAGGUUAAUAAACUUAAAUCACAAAAUGAAGAACUUCAAAAUCAACUUGAAGAUCUUCAGAAUGACGUAAUAGAAGAAUCUAAUGAAGCAAGACAGCAGACAGAGUCACUUCAAAGCGAAAACAAAACUUUGAAAAUGGAACUCGAUAAUUCAACAAAACAAAUCGAGGAACUUCAAGCAGAAAUAGAAUCACUUAAGGCUGCUUCAUCGAAUACUCCACAAAAUUCUCCAAUCCAAAAUCAAAGCCAAGAGGGAACUUCACCGGACGAUAGAAAAUUGAAGGACCACAGUGAAACAAAUGAAAGUGUUAGUCCAGAAAAACACGCAGAAAUCGAGAAACACCUUGAUGUUAUGACCGCGCAGAUCCUACAGAUGAAGAAGGAAGGAGAAGAAAUGUCCUCUCAACUCCAGAAAGUCACAAAAGAGAACAACGACCUCAAGAAACGCAUUAAAUCUCUUGAAGAAGAAAAGAAUGCAUCACAAGCUCAAAAGUUACAUGAAGAGUACGAGUUAAUGAAGAAACAAAACUCACAACCACAGAAAGAAGAAAAAGAAGAAAUUCAUCCUCCAGUGAAACAAGAAGAACAAAAACAAAGUGACAUAGAAUUCAAAUUUAACUACUUGAAAGAAGCACUUAAACACUUCUGCCAGGAAGAUGAAAACACACAAAAGAAGAUGAUUAAUCCAAUAUUAACUAUCCUCGGAUUUUCUAAAUCAGAUAUCGAAUCUACAAUGCAACAAUGGGACAAGUCCCAUAAGAAGCUCUUCGGACUGAUAUAA